GUACUUAGGCUAUAGCAAGUGUGAUAAUCAUUUAAGCUUUCAGUUAGUUUUUUGAUGCAGCUUCAGCUGGAUUUCUGAUGGAUUCGAAAUUAUUAGAUAUCCCGCGUGAUCAGUGGACAAUCUUGAGAGAUGUGCAUGCCGGCGAUCGCAAAAAUCUGACUGGCUACGACUUGAUAGAAUACUUUAUAAACUGGGCACCAAGUUCGAGUGCUGAAACAAUUAAGAUCUAUACCACAGAUGCUGAUUUUCCGGACCAUGGCAGAUAUAUUUUAAUUCAUUCUGUGGCCCAGAAGGCGUAUGUUUACUUGAAUACCGUGAAAGAAUCUCUGGAGGAGCUCCAGUCCGCGUUGUGUAUCUUAAAUCUACAAACUUGGCAUUUAAUAUGUGGCUAUGAAGAACGUUUGAAGCCAGUUGUGGAACAUUAUUGGACAGCCAGAAGACAGCCGUGUCAGCUGGUACAUCAGGACGCGCUUGUCUACCAUUUGCCCAAAUCCGCAAUCAAUAAAUUUCCACGAACAGAUACCCCAAAUUUAUAUUGUCGUAAUCUCGAGCAUUGGCCCUAUCGCUCUGACAAGUCUCUGGCACUGAUAACAGGGUUUAUUAAGAACAAUUUUAGUGCCGGCUUCUUUGAGACUGGAAAACUGCAUGGCUGGUGCCUCAGAUCUCCCCAUGGCAGCCUGAGCAACUUGCAUGUCUUGACCGCCUACAGACGUGCAGGUGUGGGUUCCACCAUAAUUCGUUUCAUUGCCGAAGUCAUUGAAGGGACGGGCUCUGAGGUUUUGGCCACGGUUCUGCCUGAGAAUGAAAAAUCACGAAACAUGUUUGAGAAACUUGGUUUUGAAGUUAUCAAUACUGUGUAUUGGUCUGUAGUGCCAGAAACCCAGGUGCAGUCUAUGGAAUAAUAUUACGUUAAAUUAAAUAAACUUUUCACAACGUUCAGGUAA